ACUUAUUUACUAGCUACGUAAAGAUGGUGUCUUUACGAUUCGCCCCGUUAAUAGUUCUUUUACUUGUAGUGCAUGACACCCCUUUAGCUUCAACGUUCGGAUUUAAUGAAGAUUCCCAUUUCAAGGUAAGUGAUAAUUUUUUUUAGCAUCCUUUUCGUUAGAAUUUGAAAGAACUUCAUAGCUCUUCGUUCACUAUAAGAGCAAGCUCACUAUCAGUUACUUUAAUUAAGCCGACUUAUUCCGUGGCAACUGCAAAACCGGCCAACUGAUCCUUGUCAAGUUUUCUUCUACCUGAAAGAUUUAACGUACACCUUUCAAGUUUGUUGGUUUAAUCCUGGUAAUCUCCUCUCCUCAUCCAUCUUUCAGUCCUUUAAGCUUUAGUAUAGUACAUGGGCGUUUUUUUUCUUGGAGCUUGUUUUUCCAAACUAAUAAUUUGGAAUUUUUUCUAUUUAAAAGUCUGAUAUACAUUUUAUUUGAAAAAAAGGAAAGCUAUAAGGAAAAGGAACAUUUGUCACUUCUGCAUGCCUUACGUCUAUGACGCAAUUCCAUCGAACUGUUUAUGUGAAAGGCUAGCUAGCCGAAAGACGAAAGAUUUGAAUAGCAUUUGUUAAAUCUUUAACUUUUGCACAGAGUUCAAAGUUAAGGUUUCUUGACGUUGAUAUCAAAUUUUGUGUUCACCGUGUCCAGAGAUACAACUACCUGACAGGAUUUGAAAUUCAGAAACUAGGUUUUUAAUCUCAAGACUUUCAAAAUUCUAUUUUUUGCAAUCUGUUUCCGUCACUUUCAGGGGGAAGGGAGGAUCUAGAAAAAUAUUCGGAUGAGAGGGUGUGGCAUUCGCUCUGAAACCUUGAAUCUAUUUUAGACCAAAGUACGUUAUUUCACUACAGCUUAUUUGAGCCCUGAACCACUGUUUAUCAAGAGAAAAAUGAUAGUAACACAAAAUCCAUAAAAGAAAAAAACUCUGAUCUAUUUUCAAACCCAAAGGGCUCGAACAUUGCUCCCUUCGGGCCGCUUAUUUAGUUCUUCGGGGGUUUCAUUGUCAGUGGUAUUGCAUUGAGCAAUAUUUGAGACGAGAUACUUAAUUAUACAAGAAUCUUUAACCUAAUUCUGAUCCGUCAAUAUCAUUCUGUAAUGUCUCUAAUCUGUGUGGCUGUUCAGACUUUUUAACUUCCUGACAGGAAACAUGUGGGAUUGAUACUAAACGCGGACGUAGCAGCAUUUAGUAGCGCCCGUCAAUUUCAACAGAUAGAUGUAUGGUAGAUGUUUUCUAUAAAAUGGCAUCGCCAACCAGGAAAAAAAAAAAUAAUAAAGGACUUUUAGAAAGUCUGUAUUUUCGUAAGACAGAUUCCUUACUCGCUUAUUCAGUAAAUUCAACAAUAUAAGUGAGCAGAAUCAGUCAGAAGCUUUUCCUUAAAAUUUCGCCACUUAGACAAUAAGGUCAGGAGAAUAAAAAUGGCAUUAGUUUCAUGCAAAUUGUACUGAGAAUAAAGCUUAGAAUAUGAAUGAUGCUUGUUGAUAAUAUAAAAAGAUCCAGCUAUUGCAUUGAUUUCUAACUAAAAUGAAGAAAGGGCAUAGUAUAUGGGGCAGUGUCGUCCUUUAGAAAAUAAUUUCAAAGCAUAAUUUCAUAGAUACGAAGACAAGGAGUUUCUUCGCGGUAACUACUGAAUUAGUAUUGAUUCUGCGGAAAAACAAAGAAAGAAUUAGAUUAAUUAUUGCCAAAAAUUUCCUUAUGUCGACAGAACGAUGAAAACAAAUAAAAAAUAACUUGUCGAUAACAUAUCUAGCUACUGGACGUGACCAAAUGGGAUAAACAGUAAUUAACUUCAUCCUUACAAUGUUGGCAUAUUUUUGGAAAUUUCCUACUGUUGUCACGUGACUAAUUAUAAAUUAGCAAGUUAAAUGCCAAAAGAUCUUUACUUUCACCCCCUGUUUUUUAGUAUGCAAAUGUGGCAUUUACCAAUAUCUUUGUCAUAUAUUUACUCCUCGGUAUUUACAAACUAGCGACAUAUUUGCAAUCCGUCCAGUGUUAAUGGCAACUUUUUUUUCUGAUUAAUUGGAUAGUUUGGAAACAAACGAAAUUCAUAAUAUCCAAACACCUGCACACCGAAAGUCGGCCUUCCUGGGUGAUGCAUUUAAUUUAACAGAUUUAAACAUGAAAUCUGUCAUAUCAAUCUGUUAGAUUAAUAGUGACGAAUUACUCCUGAAUUUUGGUUCUAAAUUUCAGCGUUAAUUUGUCAUUUUACAUGUGAAAUUACAAAAUUGCCAUGGCAACCUUCCGUACGUGUAGGUGUCAAGAUGGCGAGGAAGUUUUAAAAUUUUCUGAAUGAAGAUGUCAGGGCAUUAAAAUACACUUUGGAAAACCUAAACGCAAUAAAGACCACAUUAAGAAGGAUUCUAACAGGUAUUUUGUCGAGACGUUACGAACAUUCUGAACUUAAGCCACAUUUAAGCUGUAAACUUUUGAGAUUGUGGAGUUCUCCGAUCGAUGCGAUAAAACCAGGAUAAACAUGUCAAAAAUCCGCGAUUGCAAUCGUAAUUCGUCACCUAUGAUAUUUAUAGGUGAUCAAAUGGUAUACUCGUGAAAUUAGGGAAUAAUUUCGCUUGAUUUGGACAAAGCGCGCGUGAAAUGUUUCCCUAAUUUCACUAGUCAAAUUACACAUACCAAUAACAGCCGAAAAUGCCGAAUUUAAGGCUAAAACUAGUUUUUCAUCCCAGGCCAUUAUUAUAGUUCUAACAAACGCAAAUUAAUAUAAGCAGAAAUUAAACGUUUAUAAAAAUAAAUAAAUAAAUAAAUAAAUAAAUAAAUACAGGUAAAGUUGAUCAGAGUAUGCAGCGAUAAUCACUGACAUUAUUAUAUACGUUAACCAAAUUUCGCUAACAAUUACUAACUUGAAUAUUGAAGUAUUACCUAUUUGGUUGUUAGGAAACCUAGUGGUCAAAAAUCCUAGUUUUUUGUCUAAUUGAUGACUUGCGAUCUAAUUGUCGAAGAUCGGCAUCGUUACUGCUAACUUAACUCUGGCCGCAUUAUCGUAUCACGUCACCUAAAGGUUGAGCACGCUAAACGGCAUGAAGGUAAAUACAUAUAAAGGACAGGCAUCCGUUGAGUUCACUUUACCUGUAGUCGAAUCUUUUACUGCGCUUUUUACAAACAAGCGAACUCUAAAGUUCAAAAGCCGCCUUCACAAUUGCCGUGAAUCAGAUUAAGAUCACAAGCAGCGAACCUUGAAACACAAAACACACAAAACGGAUCGAAAUCCACCAAUUACAAAUCACAAACCAUGACCUUUUGAACCCGUUAAAGUAAAGUUUUGUUUCCUGAGAUGUCGGUUAAGAUGAUUGACGACGGCAACGAAAAACGCAAUCGUCAGUUGGCUUUUGAACUUCAAAAUUCGCAUGUUUGUGAAAAGCGUAGUAAAUAAAAAGUUCAUCGCUCCCAUGUGGGAAAGAACUCUUUGUUCUUUGUUUCACUUUCUAAUUUAUUGAUGUAGCCUUACUAAGACAUUGUCGUGAGCUCUCAGUUAUUAAAUUAGGACGAUUGUCGUUCCACAUGGAAGGGGUCUCUGCAUUAGAUGUUUGCAAAAGGGAGGUGUCCGUCUACUAAAAACAAAUAAAUUCUAAUAUUUUUAUGAUUUUUCCCUUAAAAGGGUCGCAGUCUAAACAGCCUAUCUGAGCCCCCACCCACCGUACCGUCCUGCCCCAAUAAUUGCAAAGAUGGUAAACCAGGAAGAGAUGGAAGGGAUGGAAGGGAUGGGAUGACUGUGGUAGGUCCCCCUGGGCCACCAGGGAAGAAUGGAUUCAACGGUACGGAUGGACAAAAUGGAAGAGAUGGAAAGGAUGGAAGAGACGGGAGAGAUGGUCCAAAGGUAUGAUUCUAUUCAUUUACUAGGGACCAGACUUUGCCAAUAUUCCAUUUGAAUGCAUUUUAACGCCUGUAAUCUCAUCAAUUUUAAGCCCCGACUUGAUCAUAAUAUUUUCAGGGAGACCCCGGACCACCCGGUGAGAGAGGACCUCCAGGAGUGUGUGACCGAGCUGAAGUAAGUCCAGUCAAUAACUUUUGGCUUACGCAGAUGUUGCUGCCAGUCCAAUUUUAAAGAGGCCACUUAUUCGGUUCUGUGAAUUAGGAAAUUAUUGAUCCCCUGACGGUCCUUAUCUUUAUGUGUAUGAGCGUUAAUAUAAUUACAUCAUUAUAAUGAAAAACAAAAAUAGCUGUACCAAAGUACUGCAAGAGAGGUUUCAUUCUGACACUUCAAUGCUUGAAGGCCUACAGCAUAAGAAAAACGUAUAAUACAAGCGUCUAAUAAGGCAUAGGGAGAUCUCACUUUCAAAUUCAUACUACCAGCGCCAGAGAUAUAAAGUAGAUCGACUUUUCUUUAACGGCUUUUGUCACGGCUAAGUAGUCAGGUCUUCUUCUAUCAUGUUUUAUUAUCUGAGAACAAUUAUACAACAUUCGUGAUCACUGUAGGGCGUGACUAAUAAUAAAUAGUAAUUGGGUCGAAUAUGAUCGUCCGGGCGGUUGCAGUCCUGAAUAGGACUGUUGUUCACAGCGACUGACGUUUGGAAAACUUUUGCGGUAGUCAUCUUCAGUGUCAAAGUGAGUUGUACCAACCAUGUAUGUCCUUCGAAAGGUCUAGCUUUCAUUUUGUUUAUCUUCCUUUCUUUAGAUCAACUCUAUUAAGGCACGAAUCAGUGAUAAUGAAAUCAAGGUAAGCGUUGUACACUCAGUCGGAAGACCUCUGACGUACCCUUAUUUUAUUUUGCUUUUUUUUUGUACCCCGAACAAUUUAAUAAAUCCUACUGGACCUAAAAUAAUCCUACCGAACGUGGGCUAAGCGUGUAAUCCUUACAACGUGCUAAAUGAUAUGUAGGCUUGGACAGGCUGAAGUAAACUUUAGGGGCUUGCUCAUAAUCUUGCGUACUCACUUCUUCAGGUAGAAAAAGCAUGAGUCCCUUUGAAAACCCAAAUGGUUCGUGACAUUUUCUUUCGAUAGCUUCAGGAAAAGUGGUCUUUCGUUUGCUGUGAUGCUUUCUUUAAUAACACAAGCUGGUUUGGCUUAAAUUUAGAAUUAUAACUUAAAUCGUUAAUGCUUAUGCAUGAAUUCAGUUUUCAACCAGACGGCUGUGUAAACACUGACCUGUAAGCUUGUGGCUAUGUAAACCCUUACUUUCUUCAACAGAGGUGCAUAUAUUCAGGGCAUCAACAGUGUGAGUGGGCAUUAACUGAGAUACCCCUAGUUACAAUAUAUACAAUAUCCCACGCUCUUUUGCCAGUUGAUUGCUUUGACGCUGCUCUGCACUUGUUAAAGGUGCAUUUCAUUUUUUUUCUAUAAACCCCGUUGUCAAGGUUAAGAUAUUGAGUAAAAUAAAUACAUCUCGUCCAUCGAGAGGUUCAUCAAAAUAACAAAUUAAAAAAACUGAUACUAGGAUCCCAAGUCUGUUGCUUAAAUAUAAAACAUUAAUUAAAAUACUUGUUCUUCUUUUUAAAACAGCUGCAAAAAAUCAGUGACAAAGUCAACAUGUUAGACGUUAAAAUUGAUGCAGAAGUUGCUGAUCUUUUGGCAAUUAUUCAGGUAGAGUAAAACUAAUCCACAUUUCUAUCAAUGUUGCCGAUAAGGUUCUUUUAUUACGACAACGAGCUUUUAGAUCUUAUAAAACGCUCUUGUUUUUUUCAUUUUCCUUUGCUUUGUUGUGGUUGUUGUUGGCUUCGUUUCACUGAAGGAUCGCCAUUAGCCGAUAAUUGUAAUUAUAAGCUAAGUGAAUACGUUACAAUUUUGAAAAUGUGCAAUGUAUUAUAAAGUAGAUGCACAAUCAAAUUACAGUUAUUGAAAAACACAAUUGCUUCAAAUUCAUCACUAACCAAUUUUCCUUUGAGGGUCAUUUCUUCACUCGUUCAGCAAGCAAUUAGAUAGAAAAAUCUGGCUAACAAGGCCAGAGGGUGUUAUUUCUUCGUUUCUCAUUGUGAAUAAGAUACCACCUAAAUUUGUCCGCAAAGAAUAGAACCAGUAACUGAACCUUCCUCCCCUAUAGAUCGUAAAUGCAAGUCUAAUCCCAGGCCCUACCGGGCAGCAGGGGCCACCAGGACACCAAGGACCUAAGGGUGACAAAGGAGACCCAGGAGCAACGGGUGCUGAAGGAAAACAAGGGCCAAUUGGUACACAGGGCCCAAGAGGUCCCCAGGGCCCUCAGGGGCUUCGGGGGCCCAAAGGAGAAGACGGUAAUUGUAAUUUGAAAUAUUGCAAACACCGCUUGAUAGAGAACGUUCAAGGGCCGGGAUAUCAACCCUUGAAGGUUAUUCUCAAGGGACCCAGUCAGGUAAGUGUGUCAUGUGCUGUAGAAACAUUAAGCACGAAAUUCUUAUUUUUUGUCCCUAAUCAAAUGAGAAUCUGUUUAAUGUUGCACUUGGAGUGAUGUUAGAGUAGAAAAUUUAUUUCUCUAGUCUCUAAACGUAACUGGACAAGUAAUAAUUUCAUUGCGAAGAAAUAUGAUAUUAAGCCAGCAUUAGGACGCUGCUGUUGAAUAACUUUAGACUCACCGGGAAACUAUCUUUGAGUACAUUUAAAUACUGUAAUAGAGAGAAUACGGAUUAAAAUGUCUUCGGGAUUUAUUAUCAGGCUGCGCCUAAAAUAAUAGACUAUUUUUUUCUGUCAAAAGUUGAUUGGAUACAUAUUUUGCCUUUAGAUCUCCAUGUCAGAUUUUCAGUGGUAGUACGUCGCAAAUAAUUUUCGUCUUUCACCUGAUUUUGAACUUUUUUUCGACUUAGUCAAGAAAAUUCGAUCCUUUUCCAGAAAGCUAUAUUAGGCUAAAGUUCAUUUCAAACCAGUCUGUGCGGAAAAUUUGGUCUGGAAGGAUCUCACAUGGGAAAAGCCCCAUCCCAUCGCAGGAUGUCAGUAUGUCUCCAUAGCGAACCCACGCUCUUUAUAUUUGUAAACUGAAAAUGGAAAUUAAAUAAGAGAUAAAAUCUUACCUGUUUUGUUCUAUCCUUGAAUCUGCUGCGGUGCGAGGUGAAAUGGAAGUUGUUUUACGAUGCGAAAACGAUGUUCAAGGCGACACUUUGACCGUUGGUGAUUGCAUAAUGCUUUAUGUGGUUUGUCUCGCAUUUCACGCGGUUGUUAUUAUCGUCUCUCGUUUCAUUGUUGGUUACACGCUCGGAAAAAAGUGCUAAAAAUCGGGCACAAAUUUGUCCAAACUAUUUUUUUAAAUAUGCAUGGAAUGUUACCAAUAUCUCUUAAACUACAGAAGAUAAUGAGUUGAGACUUUUAUUUUUGUAUUUGUCGUAAGUUAUCGUUUCAAAUUCUUCAUUUUUUAGAUAAGUACUGCGCAUGACCGAAAAGUCCAUUUAUGUGCACUUUAUUUCUGCCAAGUAUAACAGUUUCAGGUUACAUACUUUUGAAAUAGAAACUUUUGGGAGUUUUGAUUUUUUAAAUUGGCCACUAGAGGGUCACAUGACUGAUUACCAUAGAAACGCCUAAUCCAAAAUGUUCCUAGAAUCAAGUAUUGUUGCCUGUAUUAAUUUCAGUAACAUGCCUUUUAAAGAAAACAAAGUUAUAGACCCAAGAAUUCCAAAUAUUUUGUGCCUAUCACGCCCCCACUGAAUCUGUUGGCCGCUCGGCUUGAAAAAAAUCCCCAGCGUGUAUUGCUGGUUUUCAGUGUUACGCCAUUCAAAAUAGAUCAAAAUAAAAAUCAAAACCGUUGACGAGAUAAAGUCCAGAAUCUGGGAAAUGAAAAGAGGUAAAUAUGCAAAGACCCCCGCCAAAUUUCAGGUCAGAGGAAUAUUUCGUAUACGAGAUAUUCGAAGAAACGUUUUACCCAAAUUUAUAGAGAUUUGUAUGGAGACGCCAUGCUAGUGCUCAUCUGGACGAGCACCAACAUGGCGGACGGAAACCAAGAGAAACAUCUGUUACCGAGUUUUUCUAAUACAUGAACUGUUUAGAUAGGAAAAUUCCCCUAAAACAAGUCUUUUUUUUUUAACCUUCAUGACUGUCACAGCUCUCUUGGCCGUCAUGCAAAUGCCGCGUCACGCAAAAGCUCAGAAAUUCAAGUGUACUCUAUCACAAAACCAAGAACCCUUUUGGAGCGAAAAUUUGUAUGAAAAGUAGUUUUCAGCUGCUCUUAUACAUCGUGAAAGUAAAAUCUCGGUAGGAUUGAUAGUUUUGUGGUUUGAAUUUUAGUGACGUCAUGCAUGAAGACCAGCAAUUAAUUUAUUAAGGAUUCGAGAGAGAGAGAGAGAGAGAAUAGAGACAUUGAUUAUACGACAGCAGCUAUGGAGUUUCGACCCUUGUCACUAAUCAUUACCGUUAAUUCAAAUGUUAGUGAAUUAAUAACCACGCGAAACAACAACAACCGCGUUUCACCAGCAGUUAAAUGCGAGACAAACAAGAUAAAACAUUGUGAAAUCAACAACGGUCAAAGCGUCGACUUGAACAUCGCUUUCGCAUCGUAACACAACUUCCAUUUCACUUCGCACCGCGGCAGAUUUAAGAAUAGAACAAAACAGGUAAGAUUUUAUCUCUUAUUUAAUUUCCAUUUGCAGUUUACAAAUAAGAGCGUGGGUCCCCUGUGGUAUGUUUCUCAAGUUAUCGAAACACCUCAACACCGAAGUCAACACAAUUUUUUUCUUACAGAAUUACGUGAUAGUAGGUGUGACCUGUUCAUCAGAACGAAGCUGGGUUAGUCAGUUAUCGUAUGAAAGCACAUCAGGCUCGUAUAUCUGUACUUGUAACCGCAAAUACGGAAAGGCUGGAGACCAGCCGGAUGAACGAGAAAAGCAAGUCCAAAGUCCACAGAAGAAAGGAAAAGACAAGUCACAUAUCAACGGCUGGAAAUGGCAAAGAGUCUGCGCUCUACAUUACUGGGAUGAUUGAAGUAAAAAACACAGAAUUGCAACAAUCCCAGCAUUACUGUGAUUUUAGAACAAUUUCCUCCUUUAUGCCGGGGUAAUGACAGUUUCCCUAUACUUUUAACACUAAGCAGGUUUAAGUGAAUUUCCGAAAAGUUUUUGUUCAGGUUAUUUCUAACUCAUCGAACUGUCAUCUACCUUUAAACGAGGUUAUAGGGCUAAAUAAAAUGAAAACGUGUAACAUGACAGUAGUUUUCUCUUAUUAUCAAUUCAUGAAAAUAAAUAGAGCUGGACAAAGUUCAUUGUAGGUUGCCUUGAUGAACCAUGAAUUCAAAGAUAAAUUUCGAAGAAAUAAGCAAUACAUAAAUUUUCGCUCUUAUGUAGAAGCUAAUGGUCUAAUACUUCUGCCCUCGAAAUAUAUCGCCAAAAGAAUGUCUUGACGUCUACUGAAACGACCUUUGAAAAACGUCCAGACAGUUUUGUUGCCGGGUAACUGCGGACACUAAUACGAUACCGCACCUAGUAGAACUGCCAACGAGUUAAAGAACGAUCAUUUGUAAACCGGGCUACAACAGGCCGUUAAUGUGCCUUGCAUCGAGAGGGAUUAUUCCUUGUCAGUUCUGGUGCUACAGUACUGUGCAAGCGUAGUGAAAGCGAAAUUCGCCUUAUUUCGUCCUUUGUUCUCGCGAAAA